UGAGUGCGUUCGAGUGAUGUGGGGACAAUAUAAAAUUACAAAAAAUUCAUAGCUUUAAAGGCCUUUCUUUUCCUUUCAGUGGUUUUCCAUUACUUCCGCCAAAAUAGUACUCGGAUUGUUUGGCUUGUUUAUUGCAAAAACAAAAAUGAAGCCGUUUUUGUAAGUGUGAUUGUCAUAAAAACACGUAACCGUGAAAGCCUCACCAUCGAUUACGGAACCACGCGAGAGACAGCCUCUUUACGCUCUACGGCUGACAAGAGAGCCCAGGUGGGUGUGAAGUCUCUUCUCCAGAGGUCAUGGCUUUGAAGCUGGUCCAAAGACUCCAGCCCGUCCUUCGGUUCAGAUCCAACACGGUCCUUUGUACCAGCUUCGCGGCUCAGCCCCUCUUGUGUCCUGCUUGUCUUUGUACCUCAUCGGGACGCUGCAUCCUCACACAAGGCUGCAGGAGGCUCCAGCUGUCCAGGAACGCAAGGAACCUGACCACCAUUGCCAGGGAGCCAUCCCUUGUGGUCAGCAGCGCUGCUGGACUCCACAGAGGCUCCAUCCCCCGGUUCUGUCUGACCCAGCUCCACGGGCCUACAGCAGAGGACGAGCGGGUUUACCAGCAACGUUUGAGUUCUUGCUCAUCUUCUGGGAAGGUGUUCAAGCUGCUGCGCUCAGUGGAGACGAUGUCCGACAGCAUGGCGGCGGCCACCCUCCAUCGCGUGGCUGACCUGGAGCGGGAGCAGGACGGCCGUUCUCUGAAGGACCCCUCGGUGCUGGAGAACGACUCCAUCAGGGCACUGUGCAAGCAGCUGGAGCAGGACUCGUGCAGGUUGACCGAUUCGGGCCUGGUGGCGGCCCUGCUGGCCUGCACGCGUCUCUUCCUGGACCCGUGGAGCACCCUGAUGGUGCGGCUGGUGUCGGAGAGCCAGGAGAGGCUGGACCGAGGCGGGAUGAGCGUGGCCCAGCUGUGUAGUCUGGGCCAGGCUGUGUUGGCUAUGGAGGGUCCAGGAAGUGUGAUGCUGGAGGAGGUGAUGAGGUACAUCCAGAAGCAGGAACCUUCCCAGUGGAGCCCGGCUGAGCUAGUGGCCGUUUAUCAGCUUCUAGAAGGGAGCGUGUCUAGAAACGGACAAUACCAAGACCUCCUGAACGCCAUGCACACCCACGCCGUGACGAUAACAUCCUCCAUGGACGAGGCAGCUGUCAGCGGGCUGCUGGGUGCACUGGUGGCCUUGAACCAAACCCAGGUGAUGCCCCUGGUGAUCAGUCUGUGCAAGCAGGCUGUUCGACACGUGCCUUACUUUUCUGAUGAAGAGCUGACGGUCGUCCUCGGCGCUCUCAUGCACUUCGGGCACAGUGAUCACUAUUUUGUAGAAGCCAUGGAGAGACACGCCCCCAGCAUGGCCUUCACGUCCCACCCGGAGACGGUCACCAAGGUGAUUCAGUUCUUCGGCCGGAGGAACAUCCUGUCCAAGCAGGUGCUGGACGCCAUCGCAGAGAGCUUUGUGUACCGUGCGGACGCCUACAGCACCGACCAGGUGACCCGGCAGAUCGCACCUUUUGGCAAGCUGGGCUACCUCCCGCCCAACGCCGGCGAGCUCUUCCGGAAGGUGGAGGCCAUCCUGCGCACGCGCUUCUCCCAGUUUCAGCCUCGCACGCUGGUCAGCCUGCUGCACUCCUGCAUCCUGGUGGAGAGGUUCCCCGUCAACUUUGUCUCCAAGGUGUUCUCCAAGUUCUUCCUGCAGCAGCUGCAAGAGGAAGGCAGCGGAAUCGACCGCGACGUCCUGGCACAGCUGACUCAGCUCUACAUGACUGUGAAGCUGGAGUGUCUCUUCUACGAGGGUCCCAGCCUUCUCCCCAAAUACCGUGUCAAGUCCUUCCUGAUGCCGGGUUCCUCCGUGGAGACGCCUGUGGACAUGCACUUGUACAACUCUGUGAAAUCAGGACUGGUGGACCUGCUGGGGGCUCGCUCGUACUUUGGCUCCAAAGUGCUGACGCCCUACUGCUACACACUGGACGUGGAGCUGAAACUGGAUGAAGAAGGCUACGUGCUGCCUGCUAGCCACGAGGACGUGUUUAAGAGGAUCGCCCUGUGUAUUGAUGGCCAGAGCAGAUUCACCAGAAACACCACACAGCUUCUGGGGAAGGAGACCAUCAAGCAACGUCACCUGAGGCUGCUGGGGUAUGAAGUAGUCCAGAUUCCCUUCUACGAGUUUGAGGAACUGCGCAGCAAAGCCAGCGUUGUGAGUUACCUCCACCAGAAGAUCUUCCCUCACAGCUACAGACUGAGCUGGUGAUGCCUGAGGUUCAGGAAGGACAACACAGACAUUAUGCACUGGAACCAUGAAGAUGAUUCCUCAUGCUCGGCAUCCAGUUUGGCAAUCUUCUUGUCCACGGACUCUGUCCUGGAAUCAACCUUGAGGACAAGACGGAUAAGUUAUGGCAGCUUUUCCCUCCAGGGGUCGCCACAGCAAAUGAAUGAAUCGCUUCCAUCCAACCCUCUCUUCUGCAUAUGAAUACUGAAUAAAGACGAGACGUCAAUGUCAUCACUGAAAAGUCCACCAGUCCAUGACCGAGUCUACAACGUGGACGUGAUAUGGGUGAGUCCCAGUUCUCGGGAGUCUUCCUUCCCGCCGUGGGAAAUAGAAGACAGUUCCACGGCUAGUCAUGUGGGCUUGCUGCUCUCGUCCGGGUUCUGCAGAGGCACGGCGGCCUCCCGCACGGCCUCCAGCGCUCUCUUGCUGCCCGCUACCCUCUCCCGCCUCAUCUUGGCCGUGAGGCAGAAGUCCUUGAAGCAGCGCUUGAAGUUCUCAUCCAGGAAGGCGUAGAGGACGGGGUUGAGGCUGCUGUUGGUGUAGCCCAGCGCCACGCAGAAGAAGUAGGCGGCCAUGAUGGCGGUGGUCUCGGGAACGCUGGCCAGGGCCUUGACCAGGAUGAAGAUGUGGAUGGGCGUCCAGCACACCACGAAGACGGCCACCACCACCACCACCAGACGGGUGAUGCGGCGCAGGUUGCGGUCCUUCACCCGCGAGCCCGACAGCAUUCGGACGCUUUUGAGGCGCAGGACCAUGAGGGAGUAGCACACGGUGAUGAUGAGCACCGGCACCACGAAGGCGAACACGAACACGCAGAUCUUCAUCAGGGUGUCCCAGUAGACGUACGGCUCUGGGAAUUGUAAGGCACACUCCGUGAUGCCUAUGGGAGAGGGAUGGGGGGGGGACAAGAUUAUCCAAGAUUAGCGUCUUUCAGUAUCAUCAUCAUGAAAACUAGCAUCUCCUUAGUAGCAUAAAGCUUAUCAAGAAUUCAAGUCCUACUAUUAUGAGAAACGGGUUGCGGUAAAAGCUAUCAUGUCCAAAUAUUUUAGGAAUAAAAGACUUAGAAGAAUUUCUGAAGAAGAAAGUUUGAAAUCAUUGGAAAGUUAAUUUAAACUGCAAAAAGUUGUGGGGGAAAAGAAAACUAACUGAAGAUUAUUUAAGAAUAAAGGUGAAAGGUCAAGUCAA